AUGUCUGCUAUCAGACAUCGACCUCUGGCAAACGGUCCCAACGAGAGUGACGAUAAUUUUUCCGAUGACGAAAGCACACCCUUGACGCACGACAUCUAUGGAGGAAGUCAACGUACCGUGCAGGAAACGAAAGGAUGGGACGUCUUCCGGGAUCCUCCUAUCAAGGAGGAUACGGGCUCGAUGGCGGACCAGGCCUGCCUGGAUUUAACGAUCAAAAUCCUAAAGAUAUUUGCCUACCUCUUCACGUUCAUCAUCGUGCUGCUGGGUGGCGUGGUAGCGAAAGGAUGCGUACUAUUUAUGUCCUCGCAGUUACGCCGCGAUCGCAAGAUCACCUACUGCAAUCGGGACCUGGCGCGAGAUAAGUCGUUCAUCGUUUCGUUGCCAGAAGAGGAACGGAUAGCAUGGAUGUGGGCGCUGAUGAUAGCGUUCGCCGUACCGGAGAUUGGCACCUUCAUCCGUUCGACUCGUAUCUGCUUCUUCAAGUCGAUGAAGAAACCACUCAAGUCGCACUUCCUGCUGGUCUUUCUGAUGGAAUCGUUCCACACGAUUGGGCUGGUGUUGCUGUUCUUCGUUGUGCUGCCGGAAGUUGAUUCGGUAAAGGGCGCCAUGUUGACAAACUGUUUGUGCGUUAUCCCAGGUAUGUUGGGGCUAUUUUCGCGCACCAACAAGGAAGGCAAACGGGCGGUGAAAACGAUCGUUGAUCUUGCCGCGAUCGCCGCUCAAAUUACUGGCUUUGUCGUUUGGCCGUUGCUCGAAAACCGUCCCGUCUUGUGGUUGAUCCCGAUAUCAGCGCUCCUGACGUCCUGCGGCUGGUGGGAGAACUACGUUUCGCCCCAGAGUCCGUUUUCGUUCGUACGCUCUUUGGGUCGCGUGAAGGAAGACCUCAAGCAAACGCGCUACUUCACCUAUAUGUUCCUGUCGGUUUGGAAGAUCCUGCUGCUGUUCUGCUUCGUUACAGUGAUACUGUUCGUGCGCGGUGAUGAGGUAGCGAACCUUUUCUCGCUCUUCGGUGCAGGUUACGGACCGCACAAGAUCGUGGUGGAAGAGGUCGCUCUGCCGUUUAGUUCUGCUCUGCCAGAUUUGGUCGAAGCGUCCCAGGCCGUAGACACGAUUGACAUCGAAGCGGCCUACAACACGGUCACGUACGUGCUCAUUAUCCAGAUUUUGGCCGCCUACCUUUGCUACAUCUUUGGCAAGUUCGCGUGUAAGAUCCUGAUCCAGGGAUUCAGCUACGCGUUCCCGGUCAAUCUUACCGUACCGGUUGCCAUUUCGCUGCUGAUUGCGGCCUGCGGAAUUCGCAACGACGACCCAUGCUUCUUCCAUGGCUCCAUUCCGGACUAUCUGUUCUUUGAGAGCCCUCCCGUGUUUCGACUGAACGACUUUGCAUCGCGCCAGAUGGCGUGGGCUUGGUUAUUGUGGUUACUUUCGCAGACCUGGAUCACGCUGCACAUCUGGACGCCCAAGUGCGAGCGUCUCGCCAACACCGAGAAGCUGUUCGUGACGCCAAUGUACAACGCGCUGCUGAUUGAUCAGUCGAUGGCGAUGAACCGUCGGCGAGACGAUCAGGCCGACGUGAAGACGGAGGAUCUGGCCGAGAUCGAGAAGGAAAAGGGCGACGAGUACUACGAAACCAUCUCGGUGCACACGGACGGGUCCGCUUUGCCAAGACCAAGUGUCAAGUCUUCCGAUCACAUCACGCGCAUAUACGCCUGCGCUACGCUUUGGCAUGAAACGAAGGAAGAGAUGAUGGUGUUCCUGAAGUCGAUCAUGCGAAUGGAUGAGGACCAAUGUGCGCGUCGUGUGGCGCAAAAGUACCUGCGUAUCGUGGAUCCGGAUUAUUACGAGUUCGAAACACACAUCUUUUUCGAUGACGCGUUCGAAAUUUCCGACCACAGUGACGACGACAUCCAGUGUAACCGGUUUGUGAAAAUUCUUGUCGACACCAUCGACGAGGCCGCUUCGGAGGUGCACCAGACCAAUAUUCGUUUGCGACCACCGAAAAAGUACCCAACGCCCUACGGUGGACGUCUGGUGUGGACAUUGCCCGGUAAAACGAAGAUGAUUGCGCAUCUGAAGGAUAAGGAUCGCAUCCGUCACCGUAAGCGCUGGUCUCAGGUGAUGUACAUGUACUACUUGCUCGGCCACCGGCUGAUGGAGCUACCCAUUUCCGUCGAUCGCAAAGAGGUGAUGGCGGAGAACACCUACCUACUGACGUUGGACGGUGACAUCGAUUUUAACCCGAGUGCAGUGACGCUGCUGAUCGAUUUGAUGAAGAAAAACAAGAAUCUGGGAGCCGCGUGCGGUCGUAUUCAUCCCAUCGGUUCAGGACCAAUGGUGUGGUACCAGAAGUUUGAGUACGCUAUCGGCCAUUGGCUGCAGAAGGCGACUGAGCACAUGAUUGGUUGUGUACUUUGUAGCCCUGGAUGCUUUUCGCUGUUCAGAGGAAAAGGCCUGAUGGACGACAACGUGAUGCGUAAGUACACGACCCGUUCGGAUGAAGCACGGCACUACGUUCAGUACGAUCAGGGUGAGGAUCGUUGGUUGUGUACGCUACUACUGCAGCGAGGUUAUCGUGUCGAAUAUUCCGCCGCAUCCGACGCCUAUACACACUGCCCGGAGGGUUUCAACGAGUUCUACAACCAACGUCGCCGAUGGGUCCCAUCCACGAUCGCCAACAUUAUGGACCUGCUCAUGGACUACAAGCGCACGAUCAAGAUCAACGACAACAUUUCGCUGCUGUACAUUUUCUACCAGAUGAUGUUGAUGGGUGGCACGAUCCUUGGCCCAGGAACGAUCUUUCUUAUGUUGGUGGGAGCGUUCGUGGCCGCCUUUAAGAUCGACAAUUGGACCUCGUUCUAUUACAACAUCAUACCGAUACUGCUGUUCAUGCUGGUGUGCUUUACGUGCAAGUCUAACAUCCAGCUGCUGGUGGCGCAGAUACUCUCUACGGUUUACGCACUCAUAAUGAUGGCGGUCAUCGUCGGUACAGCGUUGCAGCUUGGCGAGGACGGCAUCGGUUCACCGUCGGCCAUUUUCUUGAUUGCAAUGACAGGGUCAUUCUUUAUAGCAGCCUGUUUGCAUCCCCAGGAGUUUUGGUGUAUUGCAUCUGGCAUUAUCUACCUCCUUUCGAUUCCUUCAAUGUAUCUGCUGCUGAUUCUGUACUCGAUCAUCAACCUGAACGUCGUCUCCUGGGGCACUCGGGAGGUUGUCGCGAAGAAAACGAAAAAAGAGUUGGAACAAGAGAAGAAGGAAGCGGAGGAAGCCGCCAAGCGAGUCAAGCAAAAGUCGCUGCUCGGCUUCCUUCAAGGUGGUGUUGGAAAUGGUUCCGACGAGGAAGGUUCGAUUGACAUAUCGAUUGCGGGACUUUUCCGGUGCCUGCUCUGUACGCACGGGAAAACUACCGACGAAAAAGCGCAACUCAUCCACAUUGCCGACGCGCUAGAUGCGAUCACGAAGAAGAUAGAAAACCUAGAGAAGCACAUCGACCCGCACGGACAUCAUACGCGCAAACGCACAGCUUCGGCUGGUUCGAAGGAUCACCAUUUGGGCUCGGUGGCGGAGGACACCGAAGACGACGAUGAGGACGAGGAAUCGGAGACUUCGACGCUGCAGCGCGACGAGCGUGACUUCCUCACUAACCCGUAUUGGAUCGAGGACCCGGAUUUGAAGAAGGGCGAGGUGGACUUUAUUUCCAGCACAGAGAUCCAGUUCUGGAAGGACCUUAUCGACAAGUACCUAUAUCCGAUCGAUCAGAACAAGGAAGAACAGGCGAGAAUAGCGGUCGAUCUGAAAGAACUGCGUAACAAGUCAGUGUUUGCGUUCUUCAUGUUCAACGCACUGUUCGUCCUGAUCGUGUUCUUGCUGCAGUUGAACAAAGACAAGCUGCACAUCAUUUGGCCGCUGGGCGUUAAAACGAACAUUACCUAUGACGAAGUGACAGCCGAGGUACACAUCUCCAAGGAAUAUCUUCAACUGGAACCGAUCGGUUUGGUGUUUGUGUUCUUCUUCGCUCUGAUUCUGAUCAUUCAGUUUGUGGCAAUGAUGUUCCAUCGCUUCGGUACGCUGUCGCACAUCUUGGCUUCAACUGAGCUCAACUGGGCUUGCAACAAGAAACCGGAGGAGCUUUCGCAAGAUGCUCUCAUAGAUAAGCACGCUGUUGAAAUAGUGAAAAAUCUACAACGACUGCAAGGCAUCGACGGAGAUUACGACAACGAUUCUGGAAGUGGUCCGGAUCGCAUUGCACGACGUCGAACGAUUCAGAACCUUGAAAAAGCACGGCAACCAAGGCGCCAGAUUGGCACGCUUGAUGUGGCGUUCAAAAAGCGUUUCCUUAAGCUGACGGCAGAUGAGAACAAUACAGCAACACCGAUCCUUACCCGCCGGAUGACGAUGCGCCGUGAAACGAUACGCGCGCUGGAGGUGCGUAAAAAUUCCGUCAUGGCCGAACGGCGCAAAUCGCAGAUGCAAACGCUCGGUGCCAACAACGAGUACGGGAUCACCGGUGUACCGAAUGGAAAUAACAAUGCACCGGCGCGACCGACACGCACGUCCAAUGCCGGCGUUAGCGUUAAGGACAUCUUUAACGUGAACGGUGGUCCUGGUGGGGAAAUUUAUGGCGUGACUGGACAGGUCAACCAAGCCUACGAACCGGUGAUUGAAGAUGACGACCGCAACUCACUGCGGAUGCAGCCGCGGAACCAAGUAACAUGGGGCAACAAUGGCAACGCACGGUUGUGAGAAUUGCAAGAACUUCACGAAUUUGAGACUUAUACUGACUUUCGGCGAUGUGGACCAUUCAGUCCAAAUCAGAUAUCAGAGGCGUGUGUACAACGCGCACUAGCACUACCUGCGAACGAAUGAGUGCAUAUGCAUAGCGUAGCGUAUACACUACGAGCUAAGUGUGAUUGUUGCGAAGAAUAAUUUAUAGACUCGAUAUUAUGUUAAGGUAAUGUGUGCAAAAGUUGUGAGACGAAUGAGAGAGAA